AUGCGACCUGGUUGGGCCCAGCGUGGCUUGGCAAUAUCGUACGGCCUUCACUCUUCCAUCACUCUUCCCAGUAACACUUCUAAUCUUGAAAUAUCACUUUUGACACAGCUACAUUCAUUACGAUUCCCUAAUUGCGACAGAAGUUUGAGACUAUCACAAACCCAGAGAACGAACUCGGGUUUCCUUACCUUACGCAUCAACGAACUGACCGCAAAGGGCCCGGAGUCUACAAAAGCCAUGGAUCUCCCGAGCGUCUCUGAGAGGUUAGCCCAUAUUGAAAGCCCAAAUCGCGAUAAUCCUAUCGUCCUUGCCAACGUUCGCACUAACAUCCGCGGAACUUUUGGAUUCGACGCUCCUGGCCCAGUCUCUCAACACCAAGACUCCGAUAGGUCGAUUAAUCGCUCUCAGUUACGAGAUCGGAGAAACGAAAUUCGUAGCCGUCUCGCUCAAGCCAGAGUAGACGCGAUGGACACCGGUGCUUUGGAGACAUCGAAUAUCAGAGCCAAGACUUUCCUAGAAUCCCUCCCGGUCCUCUCGCUCACCGAUCUUUUGGAAGACAAGCAUGAUUGCCCGAUAUGCAUCGAGCCAUACCAAGAUCCUCAGCACAGUGAAAGCCCAGUGCGCCUCCCGUGCAACCAUAUCAUUGGCAAGGACUGUCUGCUAAGCUGGCUGACGUCCUCCGCGCUGAACACCAAAAACAACACAUGUCCAAUAUGUCGCGCCGUCUUAUUCGAGCGCAACAAAGUCGCACUUAAAGAUCAGCUGGGUAUUCUACGCAGAAGCCUGAGUCAUUUCCGGAACGCCCAUGGGCCGAGAAUCUCAAUGGAUGAAACCCUGCGGAGGAAUGAAGAGCACGAGAGGACACAUGACCAUCUCACCCAAACGAGUGCUGCUCGGUGGCGGCUUAUGCAGGCUCACAAUGUUCAAUGA